AUGAAUAUGAAAGUUGUUAUUGUUUUUUGUAUUAGAGUUCGGCCAGAUUUUCGAAUUGGUCAUCGUUAUCAAAAAUUAACUGAUAAAUGGAUAAAAUCUUUAACAAAAUCUCAAUCAAUUAUUGAGCAUGUUGCCGUCUUUGAAAAUGAUCUUUCUCAAUUAAUUCAACAAUUAAAACGAUUUGACUUUCUGGAUAUUUCUGGUCGAAUUGAUCGAUAA